AUGGACUCUCAGAAGUUCUGCCUCAAGUGGGACGGGUUCCAGGGCAGCGUUACGUCCGUGUUUGACCAGCUCCGCUCUGGAGGAGAGCUGCUGGAUGUCACGCUCUGCUGUGAGGGACAGCGUGUCCGGGCCCACAGGAUGAUGCUGUCUGCCUGCAAUCUGUACCUCAGGGAACUGCUCAAGGUGGGUGAUGGGAAAUGUACCUGGCGUCCUAGAGGGCUCGGCGGCUUAUUCUCGGAGCUCCUUACCGGUGACGGAGGAGAGUCCUCUUCGCCAUUGCGAGAACUCACUGAACUACCUUCUCGCCCCGCGCCAUCUGCGCCGUCCUCACCGCCGGCCGAUCCGACCAACGAGAACGACACAGACGCCCUCCGGCACUGCUGGCAGAGGAAACUGAAGGAGAGCGUCGCUGCCAGACUACCCGAGGACACCUGCCUGCACCAGCCGCCGUCCCGGUACAUUUUCCCCGGAGCGGGGGUGCUUGUCGAUCCUGACGACUCUGACAGCGACAGAGACUCGCUGGAUUCGGACCGCGGCAGUGACGAUGAGUCUCCGACUGCUGAGGGCGACCAUCCGAACAACUCCACGGAUACUCCGGAGACGGCAGUCACUCCCCCGCACACCGACUCCUGUCCUCCAACGCCUCCUGGACGAAUUACAACCUCUGGAGCAUCAUUAGGAGCAUCGGGAACGUCUUCUUCAUCACCUGCUGAGGAGCAACCCUCAUCUACACCGGCGGUGAAGCCUUCCUCGACAUCUGAUAUCGAGAUGGAGCCAGAAACGGUGGGUUCGUCAGGCUCAGCCCUGAAAAAGCCGAUCAGUGAAACACUAGGUGGAGAGGAGGGGAGCGGUGUGAAGAGACCAGCGUUCGGUGGCAUGGGUGAGCCUGGCGUGUCUCCCGCCACCGCCAAAACCGCCCCCGCCACCGCCGCCGCUGGAGACAGUGGCAGCGCGCAGAGCGCCGGCCCUGUGCUCGUGCGGCCUCCGCCCAAGUCAGUAGCUGCUAACGGAGCCAGUCGAGUCCCCCGUCCACGCCAGGCCGUCCCGCGCCGCUACGGUAAGGUGGUGUGGCGGACUCACCUCGAAGCCAGCCCGAUGGACCACGGAGUCCUCCACUACCAGGGCAGCUACGCCGGCGUCUGGGGGAGACUCCGGCGCUUCAGCAACCACUGGGGACGGUAG